AUGUCAAUUCUGGACAAGUUCACUUGGUUCAACGUUUGUCGGGCUGGACUCGUUAAUCAGAUAAAGGAUAACAUUGCUAAGUUUAAGACUGUGCGGGACGAGGUCACCGGGGCUACAGCUCUCAUGCAUGCGUGUGUUGAUAACAAUCUUGAGGUUGUGCGAAUUCUGCUACCAUAUGAGGAUGUUAUCACUGAUAAUAGUGGGAAGACAGGUCUCAUGAUUGCUGCAGAGCACGGGUACCUGGAUUUAGCCAGACUUUUAAUGGUGACUCAGGUUGGAAAGCAGCGCGAGAAUGGCCAAACUGCACUCAUGCAUGCGGCAGCCUAUGACUUUGAAGAGGUCGUAGAGCUUCUUUUGCCGAGGGAGGGUACAAUGACAGACAACAAUGGAUGGACAGCGCUCAUGUGUGCCGCCUGGCGAGGAUCUAAUAAGGCCGCGUUGGUUUUGGCUAAGGUGGAGGCAGGAAUGGCUAGCAAGCAAGGAGAGACCGCCUUUCUUUGUGCGUGUGAUGCUGGUAACUAUGAGCUUGCCAGGCUUCUGUUGGAGAAAGAAGGUAGAAGCACGCUGCGGACAGGAGAAACCGGUCUUCACCUGGCUGCACGGAGUGGGUGCAAGGCUAUUGUAGAGCUUCUUCUGGAACCGCUUUGUCGGAAGCAAACAAAGGCAGGAAAGACAGCUUUGAUGUAUGCAGCAUCUGCGGGCAAUUUGGAGAUAGUAAUGCUUUUAUUAGAAAAAGAAGUAGGAUACCAAGAUACAGACGGGCGCACAGCUACCAUGAAUGCCAUCCUGAAUGGACAUGAGGGUUGCAUGACAGCUUUGUUGCCUCAUGAGAAGGAGAUUGUCGAUAAAAAGGGGCAGACUGCUCUAAUUGUUGCUCAGAGCACAACGCCCAGUGUAAUGUCUUACCAUGUAGCUGCUUUAUUAGGUGGAAUCAUAGAUCCAGAAACAGGGAGCACUACUCUGAUACAGGCAGCACGACGUGGUUUGUCCGAUAUUGUUGGGAUUCUUGUUCCUGCCCAAACAAACUUAACUGAUGAAAGUGGAAUGUGUGCAAUUCACUAUGCUGUUGCGAGUCACAAUCUGGAGUGCAUUAGGUUGUUGAAGCAAUAUGAAGGUAAGACACUCAAUGCCAAUGGGCAUCAUGCCCUGAUAAUGGCUGUGAUAGAGGGAGAUGUCUCUGUCAUACUAGAACUUAUUGAACACUCUUGGAUUCCAGAUGCAGAAGGCAACUAUCCAAUUACAUACUGUAAGGAAGAUCCACUGAGCGAUAUCUAUCAGCUCCUCUUCUCCCACAUGAUGCGGACACACCCCAAUUUUAAGGCUGUUACAUCAGCGUUCUGCCUUGCUCUUCAUACAUGCUUCUCGUUGCUACUUAAUGACUACCCCGAUAACGAUGAUUUUGAAUUUCUCUCGGAGUUUCUGCUGCUCAUAUCUGAUCUCUUCUUCAGUCCAGAAAGGAUUACUGCUACACAGAUAACGGGAGAGAUUACUACGCUCCUGGACAGCUUCACUGCGACGGUCCACGAGUUCCCCUGCUGCGUCUGCAUAGACCGCCCGGCCUUCGUCAUCAUCCGGCCCUGCAUGCACAUGUGCAUAUGCAGCCAGUGCGUCGCGUCUCUGCGUGGGCGGUGCCCGUACUGCCAGCGCGCCGUUACAGAGCACUUCGAGAUUGCCCUCGAGAAGUGA